AUGGAAACUUCAAUUGUUCGUUUUAGAAGUGCAAGUUUUUGGAGAAAAGGAGCCAAUUUUAGCUUCUUCCACAUCCCACCAAGUGUAUUACCAUGGCCUUUUGUUAAGAGAUUUGACAUCGUAUAUCAAAAUCUUGGUAAUUGGUCAUCAAAAUACUAUGAUGUUCCAAAUUACACAUUUAUAACUCCUGUCAUAGGCUUUUUAGCAUAUGAUGCAAAUAGAAGCGGAGAAAAUUAUGGAAUGGUUGAGCUCAACAUUAUGGCAAAUCACAUUUUGGUUCAUUUUCCACACAUAUAUAUGCCACAAGACCACAACAAGAAUGUGGCAAUGAAAUGUGUUAGAUUUGUCACAAAUGGAAGCAUAGAGUUCAGCAAUGUAACGAUGAAUAACUCGUGUAUAUCGCGAGGACAAGGUCAUUUCUCCAUAGUUAUUCCUUCAUUGAAACCAGAGGAGGAGGAAAAGAAAAGAUGGCAAUGGAAAUGGUGGGUAAUAGGAUUUGGAGUAGGAGUUGUUGGAUUAAUAUGGUUGAUUGUGAUUGGAAUUUUGGUAUAUAAAUGUGUUAGGCUAAAAAAGAGGAAAAAAAUGGAGAGACAAUCUGAAAAAAGUGAGGCUUUGGACACAGUUUGGGUUGGGAAUAGCAGAAUGCCUUCUGCUUCAGGUAUCAGAACUCAACCAGUUCUUGAAAAUAGUUAUGUUCCUUGA